GCGAGCGAUCUCCUCAGUACACUGUCCAGCUCCGAGGCUGCGAGGUACGAGCCGGGCCCGACACUGAGCGCUGGUUCAGGAUCACACUGAGCAUGCUCGGGGACCAGGUCGCGGUGCUGGAGGUCAGUAGUUUGGAGGAAAAGGGGCGUUGGCUGAAGCUUCUGCAGGACGGAGCUGUCAGUCACAGUCACCAUGACAACAACGCACAGGGACACACAGGUGGAAGUCUCAGCGGGCUGCAGACUCGGAGGUUUCCCACCUCCAACACCUACAUGGACGACCCCUUCCUCCUGAGUGGACCAGGCCGGGACCAGCCCAUCUACUCCAACACCUCCAUCCUGGAGCACAUGCUCCACAGCUCAGAGUCGUCCAAAGACUCCGUGACCUUCAGCAACACGGUUAUCACCAACAGGAGGGGGGUGGAGGUGGAGCGCAGCGUUCAGAAGUUGGAGUUGACCGGGAGGAGGCCAGUGCAGCUGAGGUCGGGUUCAGAGAUCAACCUGUCGUCUGCUGGGAAGCAAAACAAGCGCACCUCUUUUCGACAGUCGCUGGCUGUGUGUAGUGAACGUGCUCAGGUGGGUUUCCUGAACCCUCUGCUGCGACGGACGGCCUCAGCUAAAACCUCUCUGAGACGAGCUCCUUCAGCGUUGUUCAUGGAACAUGUGAAGGUCUUCCAGAGGAGGAAGGAGUGGGAAACUAAAGCUGCAGUUUGACUCUUCAUCACAUCGUCACCUGAAGAGUCGUCUUAUAACUUCACGCCUUCGUCUCGUUACAUAUAUUCAUUCAGUGAGCACUUUAUUAGGAACACCUGUGCACCUGCUUCUUCCAUCGCUUAUCCAAUCAGCCAACAGUGUGGCAGCUUUAUCCAGGAUCAGUCAUAUUGCAGCACGUGUGAACACGUCUGUGUACGGAGAUGAAUCAGUUUCUUCUUCUGCUUCUUCUUCUUCCUCUUCUUCUUCUUCUUUGGUCGGUUUACUGCCCUCUCCUGCUGUACUUCAAUCAAUCAAAUUUUAUUUGUAAAGCCCAUAUUGACAAAUCACAAUUUGUCUCAUCGGGUUUAACAAGGUGUGACAUACUCUGUUCUUAACCCUCAACAAGAAUCUUUACUCUUUUCUAUCAAUUUGUAUUUGUUUGCCUUUAGUUUUAAAAGUUGUUUUGUCUCAUUGUGGUUGUUUUGUGUAUUUGUCUCUUUGUGGUUUGUUUCGUCUCUAUGUGGUUGUUUUGUGUAUUUGUCUCUUUGUGGUUUGUUUUGUCUCUUUGUGGUUUGUUUUGUCUCUAUGUGGUUGUUUUGUGUAUUUGUCUCUUUGUGGUUUGUUUCGUCUCUAUGUGGUUGUUUUGUGUAUUUGUCUCUUUGUGGUUUGUUUCGUCUCUAUGUGGUUGUUUUGUGUAUUUGUCUCUUUGUGGUUUGUUUUGUCUCUCUGUGGUUUGUUUUGUCUCUUUGUGGUUGUUUUGUGUCUUUCUUCCUGUGAGGCUCGUUUAUUAAUCAAUCAUCAGACGCAGCAGUAACUGACCAACAAGCUGAGCUGUGGGUUCAGUUACUUUUCUAUGUUGUGUGUUUGCUUGUGUGCGUUCGAUGUGACACAGCUUCACUGACUGAUGUAACCUCAGGAUUUGUUUGAUGUUAUUUGAUGUUUGAUUUGAUUGUGUUGUAACUUAAACAGUUGUGUGUCACUGUUAUUAUAUUCUGUACAUAUACAAUGAAUCCGUUUUCAAUGCUUUAUUCAAGUCACUCAUUUGUUUGAUUUUUAUAUUUAGUGAAUUCUGUAAUCUCAGGAGAAUUUGUGUUUGUUUGCGUUGGACUAAACACUGAUGUGUAACAUUAAAAAUAUUUUAUCACUUCA